CAUAUUUGUUGAAAUUUCAAAAAUGUUCCUCCAAGUAAUUAUUUUUGAUUCAAUCCUGCUGCUGACGAUCGUUUACAGUUCGAGUGGAGCGACCUACGAACUUUUGGUGGCUGAUGAGAACCUUUUCAGUGAUUGUCCGAGUCCAGCGGAAGGAACUCUCAAUCAGAAUGGAUUAUUCGACUUUUCCAACUUCAGCACCUCCAUGAAUGCGGAAGGUGUGACCCUGGCUGGCAGCAUGACUUCCGUGUGGAAUAUUCAACCCGAAGAUCGCGUAGAGAUGGCCGUUGCCCUACUCUAUUUGGACAGAGGCAACUGGCAGCCCACUGUCUUCUCCUUGGUGUCGAAGGACUUUUGCAAGAGCAUGUACGACGAGAAGCAGUAUUGGUACAAGUUCUGGACCGAGCACGUUACAAAUUCCAAGGAUGUCAAGGAUAAAUGUGUCCACCCUGGUACAAAAUUAGUGAUGGAGCAGUACAUCCUGUCCCUGAAGGCCGCCAUCACGGGUCCACUGCGAAGUGGACGCUACAAGGCCCAGAUUCGCUUCAAUGCUUUUCCUCAGGGUGGGGCGAAGCGACCACCAAGCAUCUGCUUCGAGGUCAUAGGUGAUGUACUCAAAGUUUGAGUUUUAUACUAAAAAAUAUGUACGAAAUUUAUUAUUGGUGUGAAGCGUACAAAUCAUAAAUCAUAUUCAUAUAUAA